CCUCGAUGGCGAGGGCGAUGGUCAUGGCGAUCACAUAUAACAGCAACUGUUCACUGCUUCAGGAGGUAGCUAAGACGUCUACCUAGCCACCCAUCAUAAUCCCAGACCUCUACCUCGAACACACGAUCCGAUAUGGCUCCUCGCAACAUUACACCCAAGGACACCGUCGUCACCGUCUCGUCGACGUUUGACAAAUCUUCGAACAAGAAGAACCUGCUGGAUGGGAACGAAGAGACUUGUUGGUCAUCUCAACAGGGCCUCCCUCAAUCGAUCUCCCUCAAAGUCUCUAAACUCACUCCUAUCACCCAUAUCGCCCUGACCUUUCAAGGCGGGUUUUCAGGGACGACAUGUUCCGUCUACCUAGCUUCCGAUCGACCGGGAAAGGCAUCAGAGGGGGUGGAUCUGGGGUUGAUCUUCGGAGGCAAGAUCUAUCCGAAGGAUUCUAAUGGGCGACAAGUCUUCACCCUGCCAAUCCCUGAAGCCCUCCCGGACACGUUCCACGAGAACGGUAUCCACAUCGACUCCGAGACCAACCAGACGACCGCAGAGAAAGAUUGGAUCAAGGAGGUAAAGCUCGAAUUCGAAAAGAGCGCGGAUCCUUGGGGCAGGAUCGUCGUCUACGGGGUAGAGCUCUUGUCGGAUUACACGGGAGAGUUCUGAAAAGGGCAAAAGAAGGGGGAUGUUUUGUAAUUUUCAGUUGAAGGGUCCGGACAUAUGCAUAAUGACGAGACGGAG